AUGAAGCUCAACGCAGCCAUCGCCCCGGCUCUUUACGCGUCGGCGCUGCUUAUCGGCAGCACGUUGGCGCAGGAGGAGGUUGAACCCUCAUCCAGUGUCGCCGAGAGGCCUACCUUCACGCCCACCAGCCUGAAAGCCCCCUUCCUAGAACAGUUUACCGAUGACUGGGACUUGAGAUGGACACCCUCACACGCAAAGAAAGAAGACUCCAAGAGUGACGAGGACUGGGCGUAUGUUGGGGAGUGGUCAGUCGAAGAACCGACCGUCUUGCCUGGUAUUGUGGGCGACAAGGGGUUGGUCGUCAAGAACGCAGCUGCGCACCAUGCCAUCUCGGCCAAAUUUCCAUCUGUCAUUGACAACAAAGGCAAGACGCUGGUCGUCCAGUAUGAGGUGAAGCUCCAAAACGGCCUGGAGUGCGGUGGUGCCUACAUGAAGCUUUUGAAGGAGAACAAGGAGUUGCACGCAGAGGAAUUCUCCAACACGUCACCCUACGUGAUCAUGUUUGGGCCCGACAAGUGUGGUGCUACCAACAAGGUUCACUUCAUUUUCAAGCACAAGAACCCUAAGACGGGCGAAUACGAAGAGAAGCACCUCAAGAGCCCUCCCCAGGCCAAGAACGACAAACUAACCCACCUCUAUACCUUGAUUGUCAAUCCCGACAACACGUUCGAAAUGUUGAUUGACAACAAGUCGGUCAAGACGGGGAGCCUCCUCGAAGACUUCUCUCCUUCAGUGAACCCCGAGAAAGAAAUCGACGACCCCAAGGAUAAGAAGCCUGACGAUUGGGUUGAGCAAGCCCGUAUCCCAGAUCCUGCUGCUACCAAGCCAGAGGAUUGGGACGAGGACCAACCGUAUGAGAUUGUGGAUGAGGAAGCCGAGAAGCCGGAGGACUGGCUUGAGGACGAACCCACCAUGGUCGCAGACCCAGAAGCCGAGAAGCCCGAGGACUGGGACGAUGAAGAAGAUGGCGACUGGAUUCCUCCUCAGGUUCCCAACCCUAAGUGUGAAGAAGUAUCCGGAUGCGGCAAAUGGGAGCCACCAAUGAUCAAGAACCCUCUCUACAAAGGGAAGUGGACUGCGCCGUACAUCGAGAACCCAGACUACAGGGGACCGUGGGCGCCUCGCAAGAUUCCUAACCCGGAUUACUUCGAAGACAAGACCCCAGCCAACUUCGAGCCCAUUGGAGCUAUUGGCUUUGAGAUCUGGACAAUGCAAUCCGAUAUCACCUUUGACAACAUUUACAUUGGUCACUCUGUCGAAGAUGCUGCCGCUUUCCGAGCCGAAACAUAUGAUGUCAAGAGACCGAUCGAGGACGAUGAGGAUGCAAAGAGCAAACCAAAACCCUCGGAGGCUCCGAAAUCUCCCUCAGACCUCAGCUUUAUGGAUGAUCCGGUUACAUUCGUCAAGGAGAAGCUCGACCUCUUCAUCACCAUCGCCAAGAAGGACCCAGUUGAGGCGGUUAAGUUCAUGCCUGAAGUUGCUUCCGCCCUAGGUGGUGCUCUUGUUCUUGUCGUCGCGAUUGUCGUCGGUUUGGCUGGGUUGGGUGGCUCUGCUGCUCCUAGUAAAGAGGACAUCAAAAAGACUGCUCAGAAGGCCAAGGAAGCUGCUGCCGAUGCGAAGGACAAGGUUGCCGAUGCUGCCACCAGUGGCGCCGAGACGGUCAAGGCGGAAGUCACCAAGAGAACUACGCGUUCAAGCGGCAAUGCCGAGUGA